AUGGAGACGCACUGCCCGUGCCUGGCGCAUGACACUCGCCCCGUGCAUCUGGACAUCGCAAAGCGCAUCAUCAGGACUCCCCUGACGAACGCGCUGCUCACCUUUGGCAAGGCCAGGUUCGGAAAGACACCUCUCACGAACAUCUUGGCGAUGGCCAUCGGGCGCUGGCACGCCGACGUGGAGAAGAUGCGGGGCAACGAAGUCGUCGCGGCAGCGCGGGCGUCGGCUGACAUGGAUUUUCUCCGCGGGGAGGUCGGGGAGAAGUGGGCGCCCCGCGCGUUCGACGACGGGGGCCUCUCCAACCAGCGGCCCCGCGUGCUCACGGCGCGGGCGGAGAAAAAG